AAUGGUUAUCUUUAUUUGGAUUCGAUAGUUUUGUGAAUUCUGACGUGUUUUUGUUGGUUUUUGUGCAUUAUUGCAAGGGAUGUGGCAAUACAAUCAGUAUACGUUCAACGAUCCCCGUUUGUACCAGUUACAGGGACCGUGGUGGACUCAAAGCAUGUUCGAAGAUAAAAUGGGUAUGACGGUGACUUCAGGGAGUGUGGUUCUCAGCAAAGAUGAGAAGAACCUGAUCGGAAUCAGUAUCGGUGGAGGCGCUCCACUCUGUCCAUGCCUUUAUAUUGUACAGAUAUUUGACAACACGCCUGCGUCCAAAGAUGGUACAUUGCAGAGCGGAGACGAGUUGGUUGGAGUAAAUGGUCAAUCAGUAAAGGGGAAGACCAAAGUGGAAGUUGCUAAGAUGAUUCAGUCAGCUAAGGACGAAGUAACGAUAAACUACAACAAACUCCACGCAGACCCUAAACAGGGCAAAUCUCUAGACAUUAUCAUGAAGAAGAUCAAACAUAGACUGGUGGAGAACAUGUCUUCAGGGGCCGCUGACGCCCUAGGACUGUCUCGGGCUAUACUGUGUAACGACACAUUGGUUGCUAAACUGAACGAGCUAAGGGAUACUGAAACCACUUAUAAAAGACUUGUUGAGCAUGCCAAAAGAAUGCUAAAAUCCUACUUCGAUCUACUCCAAACGUAUAAAUCUUUGGGCGACAUCUUUGCAUCUAUAGGAGUCAGGGAGCCUCAGGCCAGGGCGUCGGAAGCUUUCACCAAGUUUGGACAGUACCACAGAUUGUUGGAGAGAGACGGAAUUAAGAUGCUAAAGGCUUUGAAACCUAUCUUAGCAGACAUGGGCACAUACUUAAACAAAGCUAUUCCGGACACAAAGUUGACUAUUCGCAAGUAUGCCGAUACUAAGUUUGAAUACCUGUCCUACUGUCUAAAGGUCAAAGAGAUGGAUGAUGAGGAGUACGGAUAUAAUGCUUUACAGGAACCCUUGUACAGAGUUGAGACUGGGAACUACGAAUAUAGACUGAUUCUCCGUUGUCGACAAGAAGCAAGAGCUCGUUUCGCUCGUCUCAGAUCAGAUGUUUUGGUCAAACUGGAACUCUUGGACAAUAAGAAGACACAAGACGUCGCCUACCAGCUCAGAAGGUUCAUACAAGGACUGGCUGUUUAUCACGAUGAAACAAUAGAACAUUUGAAAGAGAACGCUUCUCUGUUCCCCGUCGAAGUGGACCUAUCACAGAACGCCUUCCAAUACAAAUCGACCGGUCCAUUUGCAUCGGAUAACCAAGAAGACGAAGAAGAUAUAGAGUACGCGAAAGAAAUACAAGAAUACCACGAUAUAUGUGACUCGGAGACCAAAGAACCAAAACCUUUAAACCGACGUCAGAACAAAGACAAGGACGACAGCGACUCGUCACAGCAAUUGCUGCCAGGGUUCGACACCGCCGGCAACAUUGACAGCAACGUCAAAAACGACGAAAACUUGACAGAUAACCUGUCACUUUUGACAGAACUCGGUUUAGCCGACACAAACGCUGUUGACGAUUUUGGUGAAUUCCAAAAUGGCGGUGAUUUAAAAAAUAACAGUGAUGCAGACGACGUGUUUGCUAAGUUACUGAGUGAUUUAAACAUUGCGAAUUAAGUUUUGUGUAUUAUUACGUGAUUUGUAUAAAUAAAACGCGUCAUCUCCCUAGCAUUGUCCCGUUUUUCACAGGGUCCGCUUACCUAACCUGAAGAUUCAAAUUCAAAUUCAAAAUUCAAAAAUAUCUUUAUUCAAUAGGUAACAUAGUUACACUUUGAAUCGUCAAUUUUACAUAACGAACGUCUCAUCCGCCUAAAACUACUGCAGCUUCUCACAACCUGUAUAGCUGGGGAAAAGAAGCUGCAAGAAAAACCUCGGCACAGGGCCCUAGACGUUCUUUAAAAAAAAAAAAAGAUUUGACAGGACCGGUUUUUUACAGAAGCAUCUCUACUUGGUCUGUGUACAGAAGCGACUGCCUGUCUGACCUUCCAACCCGCGAAGGGAAAACCAGCCCAAUACACGUUAGGUCACAUACCUCCGAAAAUGCUUCUUGGAAAUGUGGAUUUCCUCGCGAUGUUUUCCUUUACCGCUGACCACGUGGUAAUCAUUUAUGAUCCAAACAUGAAUUCAAAAGCAAAUUCGACAUACAUUGGUUUAGGCCUGUGCUGGGGUUCGAUGCAGCGACCACAACGUGAGAGGCAAGCGUUCUACCAACUGGGCUAC